AUGGUGCUUAUGGUGAGUGAAGACAGUGACACGUCUGACGUACCAGCGGCGCUCAUCGAUACCUGUUGCACAAGAUGUAUGCACGGCAAAUACUGGCGGGAGCUGUUCGAGAAGAGGUGCCUGCAUCCCCGCGGCCUCGAGAUCAAGAUGACGGACCGCGUGAGGAGCUUCUCCUCGGCCUUCGGCAAGAGGCAGGAGGGGCGCGUGGUCGAGAUCCCGGUCGCCCUUGGCGGCCGCCGCGGGGUGAUCUUCAGCGCGGAGAUGGAGGACUGCGACACCCCGCUCCUGGUCAGCCUGGCGUCGCAGGAGGCGCUGGGCGCCGUGCUCCACCUGAAGGAGAUGCGGAUGGAUCUGCAGACGCUCGCCGUGGACGUGCAGCUGCUCAAGGUGGGCGGUCACUUGGCAGUGCGACUUGAUGACUGGGGAGACGAUGAUGGUCACCGAUCGGCAGCAGCUUCGAGUUCAGGACCAGCGACGGCGAUCUCGAAUAAUAGGGACUCGGAGUUCUUCUACGCGCAGGCGCAGAAGGAGUCGGUCUUCGAGGAGUCCGACGGCGAGGGGAUCCGGGUCGAGGAGGAGGUUGGCCACGCCUUCCUGUCGAAGGAUCGCGGUGCGCUGGCCACCGACGCGACAGGGAUCCUCUCCAAGACGACUCGGAAGAAGCUCGAGUCCACCUGGCGUGAGCUUCGCGGAGAGGAUCGACGACUACGAGAAGAGCUACUUCGACCGAGGUUCGAGGCGGAGCGUUUCGUGACCGCCGACUUCCAGACCACGGCGGUGUUCGAGCCGUUCGGUGGGGUGCACAUCCUGACGCGCUACGGUGCAAAGGAAUACGGUUGGAUGCAGUCUCAGCCGCUGGACGUGGACCACUCUCCCGACUAUGACUUGCUCAAGGGCCCUGGACGGGCCUUACUCUACCGGAUCCUCGACCUGCACUGGCCUUACAUCACAGACACGAGCAAGCCGAUCAAGAAGCCGACGGGGUGGCUCACGAACAGCGCAGCGGUGGCGAACCACCUCAGCAAGCGCUGUGCCUGUCCGCCCGGCGCCCACCAGCAGCUGCUCGGGAAGAACUCGGGUGGCUAUCGGGCGCAGCAGGCGGCAGCCUACCCCGCGGGCCUCGCGAAGGCCUUCAAUCGCGGCGUGCUCCAGCAGAUGCAGAUCGACUACCGCAGCUCGCUGGCCAUGGAUGCGGCCUUCCCUGUGGAGGCGGCGGCGGAGGCCCCAGAGGCACCGGCCGAGGUGCCCGUGAGGCCCAGGCGCGGCCGAGCGCCUGCUCGCCGCGAGCGCGGAGUGCCUCCUGGCGGACGCCCGCUGGGCUUCCGACGGGGACGGCGUACGCAGCACGGCGAGUUCGAGCUGCUGACGGUGGAGCUGUGCGCUGAGCUGGACGCAUUUCGGAGUUGGCAUAGGAGGUUACUGGAGAAGAUGGGCGAGGAUGUCGAGACGAUCAUCUGGGGCUCGGACCUCUUCCUGGAGGAGCUGGGAGGAGUCAUCAGCGAGCCGCUGAAGAUGGUGAAGGCUAGACGCGGGGGUCAGCGGCUCCAGACGGCGCAGCCGCAGCUGCACGCCGCGGACGCCCCGCUCAGGAUGGUCACGACGCUCAAGGGCGACCAGCUCUUCAGGCUAGACUUCGAGGACUGGUCGCAACAGUCACUGCAAGCACGACGGCGCUGGUUGCCACGACAUCUACUCGAGAACGACGUGGUGGUCUUCUACUUCGCGGGCUACGAGCGGGGCGACCUGCCCGAGGGGCCGGCUGCAGCACAGCAGCGGGGCGCCUCACGGGAGAGGAAGCGACGUUGGGAGCUGUUGCCGAGGGCCGUCAAGAGGGCGAUCGAGAGGGCGCACGUGAACCUCGGGGCCGACGAGUUUAACGUGCUGCUCGCGAUGGACUGCUUCGAGAACGUCGACAGCGCCGGCAACAACUGGGAACUCCUUGGCAUUAUGUGUAUGGGGACGAACUUCCACGUGGUCUGCCUGCUGGAGGACACUCACAAGAACCCCAAGGCCUCGGAGGUCAGGAAGUUCUACGAGCUCUGCUGGGUCUCCUGGGCUGGCCAGCCGGAGGAGGCGAUCAUGGUGGACCGCGCACGGUCCUUCCUGGGCGAGUUCGCGGACUACCUGGAGCAGGAGGGCGUGCGCCUAGACUCGGCCGCUCUGGCCUCGCCGUGGCACAUCGGCAAGAUGGAGCGCCACGACGGCAUCUGGAACUCGAUGCUCACGAGGGUGGUGCACGACAAGCAGGUGGCGGGCCUUGAGGAGAUGAGAACGGCAGUGACGGAGUGCAACAGGGCCAAAAACACGCUGGCCCGGCGGGCUGGUUUCAGCCCCUACCUCUGGGUCCUCGGCCGGGAUGUUCGCCUCCCGGCGAGCCUUGCGGACGACGCCGAAGUGGAGCGUGUGGGCGAGCAGGUGGCAGCUGCUACGCCGGGCUCGCGUUUUGCCCGCAAGGUGGAGAUCAGGACCCAGUGCCGGAUGGCUUUCAUCCAGACCGACACGGAGGAUCGACUUCGACGAGCAGAGCUUCGACAGAUACGACCGACGAGAGGGCCGUUCGUUGUCGGCCAGUGGGUGCUUUUCUACGACCAAGCGCAGCCAGCCAAGCAUCGACCUGAGCAUCCAGACAACUGGCGAGGGCUGGCGCGCGUGAUCGGACAUGAGGGUCGGCAUGGAGUGCGGCUUGCUUUUCGUGGCCUCACCGUGCUCGCGAGCCCGGAGCACCUGGCUGCAGCGACUGGCCACGAGAUCCACGCCUGGAGAUCGAUUGCGCAGGAGCAGGAGUUGGUGCACGACGCGCCCAUCAGCGGCGGUAGUGGCUUCGUGGACCUGCGAGGCCGGCCCAAGCCCCCCGCCGCGGCGGGGCAGGAGCCCGCUGAGCAGGGCGACGAGAGCGGCAUGGACGUCGGGCAGCGGGCGGAGGUGCCGGAGGAGCCGCAGCCCGCCUCGGCUCCGCCUGAGCCGGAGGCGCAUCCGGCCCCGCCUGAGGCGGAGGCUCCCCGCGCGGCUCCGGCCGCGCCCGAGCCGCCCGCGGCGCCAGCCCCAGCUGUGGGGGCUGAGGACGUGCCCGUGCCGCCCGACCUGGACUUCGACGCGAUGGAGUUCGACGCGGCGAUGCAGGAGAUCAUGAGGGACGACGGCGACGAUGACUGGCACCCCGACUCCCACGGGGUGCACACGGAGCCCGAGCCAGGGGCCUCUCGACAUCGGCGUCCUUGGAGUCUCCUGGAGGAAAAGGAGACUGAGGAGCGCCGCGAGCGGGAGGCCAAGCGACGGCGCCUGCUGGACGAUGUCCCUGUCUCGAUCCGACAGGGGACUGCAGGAUCUGUCGACUCGGCGAAGUUCGUGCUGGACAAUGACCUGGAUGAGUUCAUGGAGGCCGGCUUGGAGACGUACCAGCAGGGCGAGGCUUUCUUCGUCCAGGAGGGCAUCGGCAAGGAGGAGUUCAUCUUCGGGCUGAUGCGGAAUGAGUUCGAGCACGCGUUCCUGACGAAGAAGCCUGGGAGGAAGGAGAUCAAGCUCGGCAGCUUGCCUGAGGAGCAACGCCGGAUGUUCAUGGAUCGAGGUGGCAGUCGUGAUGCAGAGUGGCGAUCCUGGCAGGACUUCGACGCGGCUGAGCCGAUGCCGCCGGAUGAGAGCGAGGCGCUCCUCGCGGACAAGGCCAGCAUCAUCAUCCCGAUGCGCUGGGUGGAUGCCGACAAGAACGACGGGAAGUACGACGAGGCCGGAGCUCCUCUGCCGCUGCUCGCGAAGAGCCGCCUGGUCGUGGUGGGCUUUCGCGACCGCUUGCUGGGCAUGUUCAGGCGGGACGCUCCCGCUGCAUCACGGCUGGCGGAGGCGCUGCUCCUGACGCUGGCGGCGGCCAUGGGCAUGAUCCUCUCCCUGGGCGAUGUCAAGAACGCCUACUUCAAUGGGCAGAACCUGCAACGCGAGGUCUACCUGGAGCAGCCUCGGGGAGGCCUGCCUGGCCUUGCCCCGGGCCAGUUGCUGAGGGCCCGCAAGGCCAUCUACGGCUUCGCGGAGGCAGCAAGGCUAUUCUGGCUAGCGCUGCGUGACGCCUUGCUGUCCGACGGCUGGCUUCAGUCGCGCCUGGAGCCGGCGCUCUUCUACAAGCGCGUAGACGGGCAGCUGAAGGGCAUCGCGGUCUCGCACGUGGACGACGUGCUGGUGGCGAGGAUGAAGGACAUGCAGCUGUCGGACCUCCUGCCGAAGGUCCUGGGCACGUUCCAGUGGAAGUGGAGCGAGCUGCCCUUCACCUUCCGCGGCCGCGAGCUUUCGAGUGAUUCGAGAGGUUUUCUGGUUAAGAUGGUGAACUACGCAACUUCCCUCAAGCCGAUCAAGAUCCCAGCAGGUCGAAGGAAGCAGUUGCAGGAGGACUUGAACGAGGAUGAGGCGAAGGAACUGCUGAGGGUAUCUGGUGAGAUCGGCUGGCUAGGUCGACAGUGCCGACUCGACCUGGCCUUCCUCUCGGGCGAGCUGCAGAGGGCCCGAGCGGCCCCGUGUGUGGCGGACCUGGUGAAGGCGAACCUGGCGGUGUCUGAGGCCAAGAAGGGCGCUGAGGUCGCGCUGGUCUACCCGGCCAACUUGAGGCUGUCCAGCGCUGUGAUCGGCGCGGCCGUGGACGCGGGCCACGCGAACGGCCCGGAGCACGACGACAUUGAGCGCUACAAGAGCUGCGGUGGCCACGUGGCGCUCCUCACGACCGACGGCAUCCUGGCCGGACACCAAGCACCGGUGGCAGUACUGGACUGGAAGAGCGGCAUGGCGCAGCGUGUGUGCCGCUCAACCUCGGCGGCGGAGGCCAGUCACCUGGCAGACGCAGUGGAGGCCGUCGACUGGGCGGCAGUGCUGUUCAGAGAGGCUACGAAUGUCUCGGUGGAUUUGCUCAACUGGCAGGGGGAGGUGCAGCGGCUCCCCCGCUUCUGGGCGACAGACGCAAAGUCCGUCUACGACCACCUCACGAAGGAGGGCUCGGCUAAGAGCAAGGACGAGAGGAUGGCGAUCGAGGGCGCCUUGCUCAGAGAAGUGCUGCGCUGCGAGAACACCCACCUCAGGUGGAUUGACGGCUCGCAGAACAUCGCAGAUGUGCUGACGAAGCUUGGGGUGGACAAGGUCUACCUCUACAAGGUGCUGCGGGAGGCCAAGUGGAGCCUGGUGCAGGACCCGGCGGCGGCGGCGAUCAAGAUGGAGAAGAGUAUGCAGCGUGCUAGCCGCAAGACCGCCAUCGACACUAGGAAGACGGAGAAGAGGCAGCAGGACAAACUCGUGAGAGCGAAUGAGAUGCGGGACAUCGCAGAUUGA